AUGGGAGGCGGUAGCGGUGGCGGCGCGGGGGUCGCAGCCGUCGUCGUCGCGCAGAGACAGGGGCUUGCCGUCGAUUUCAAGGAGUCCCAGGUUGCUGACUUUGAUGAUCUUGAAGAGGACAAAUUCCUUAAUGCUGUUGUCAAGGUCUACUGCACUCAUAUCGCACCCGAUUAUGGUCUUCCUUGGCAGAAGCAAAGGCAACAUUCAAGUAGUGGGAGUGCUUUUAUGAUUGGGGAUGGCAAACUCUUGACAAAUGCACAUUGCGUUGAGCACGACACCCAGGUCAAAGUAAAGAGAAGGGGAGAUGAUAAAAAGUAUAUUGCCAAGGUUUUAGCUAGGGGUACCGAAUGUGAUCUUGCAUUGCUAUCUGUUGAGAAUGAAGAGUUCUGGAGAGGAACAGAGGCACUUCAUUUUGGUCGUUUGCCAUGCCUUCAGGAUUCAGUAACUGUUGUGGGGUAUCCUCUUGGUGGAGACACUAUAUCAGUAACAAAAGGCGUUGUAUCACGCAUUGAGGUGUAG